AUGCCGUUUAUACAAAACAGAAGCGCAUUCCUUCAGUCACAAUCAAUUGAUAAUCGAAUGGAUGUAGGCGAUGGAGAAGAGAAAUAUUAUUCGGACCCUUCUCGAGGUGCCGAACCAACUUUUAAUGGGCCACGGCACUCCGGAUAUAAUACUCCACCGAUGUCGUCCUCCAUCAACGACGACCCACUUGCCGGAGCUCUUCUCGGGCUAGCUGACGUAACAACGAAGCUUGUCAUUGCGCACCCUUGCAUGGUGCUGCGUCGACAAUGCCAAGUUCAUCAAAAUGCACGUUCGCUGCAUCUAACACCUUUCACCUUGGUACCUGUUGUCUGCAACAUGGUAGCUAACGAAGGGGUUCUAACCUUUUGGAAAGGAUCGAUUGGAUCUUGUUUGGUUUGGGGCCUCUCUAACGUUACAGAAAUUGUUCUGGCGGAUUUGUUUGGACUCCCCAGACAUAUUGUUCCUAACGGCAGCACCGAGAAAUACUGGAGACAUAUACUGUUAAAAGCUACCGCCUUUUUCGCCAUGACACCUUUCUAUAUCUCAGCCUUCACUGAAACUGUGCGGAGCGAAGCCGGUCUAGGAGGUGAAGGGCCUAAUGUCAUGGACGUAGUUAUGAAGGGCAUCGACAGACUGAGAUUUCCAAUUUUUGGUUCACGAGAUGCUUCACGUCGGUUUUCGGUUCUUCAUUUGGCACUACCGACCGUCACGUAUAGAACCUCACAUUAUAUCAUACAAACUAAGCUGUAUAAUGAAUUUUUCAAAAUGGCGAGGAAGUAUGUGAACAAGAAGUCAGAAUCUGAAAGGACGAAAUUCCACCAGUAUGUCCCACAAAUCUUUGCUCAAAUGUCUUCAACUAUAUUGACAGACCUCCUUUUGUUUCCCAUUGAGACAGUCAUGCAUAGGAUGUACAUCCAAGGUACACGGACACUUAUUGAUAAUUUGGAUACGGGGCUUUCUGCCAUAUCGAUUACUGUGAAGUAUAAUGGCUUUUUUGACUGUCUACGAUCUAUCCUCAACCACGAAGGUUUUUGUGCACUGUAUGGAGGCGUAGGAGCUUUGGCUCUUGAAUACUUGCUUCACUCUCUACUUCAUCAGGCUGUAAGAGCAUGCUUCGAUAGAGGUUCUGAGGUAGCUACCACUGAGAGUAAGCCACACAUAACUCCUAUCUCAUCCAGUUAUGGAGGAUCUCUAUCUGGACCGCUGGGAAUGUCGUCAGGACCACUUUCUGGACCGUUUGCACAACAGGUGUCUCCUGUAAUAAGCCCAAGAAAGCAGCGCUCUUCGUAUACACCUCCACUUCGAGAUCCUACGCAGUUCCCUACUUUUGGUGAAUCCGUCUCGCAGCUGGAGCCGUCGUUUACCGCGCCGACGCCUCCAUUCCCGUUCCAUUCAGGUCGACCAAAUGUUUUCGGUAGUCCCCCCAGGUCUAUGGAUCCGCGCCCGUCUUCUUCGAGUUUUCUACCUCCUCUCUCACUUGUUACCGACAGGCCUGACGAUCCGUUUAGUGGUUGA